AUGCCUCAUUCGAGAAGAUGGCUCGCUGAGGAAGAUCUGGCUCGACAGGAAGGCGAAGACGCAACGUCGAGGCGAACAACCAGCAUGGACCAUCGACUCGGAUCACCGGCUCUGAGGAAGACGAAGACGUCGAAACAUCUACUAUGGACUGCUCCUGAAAUCAUUCGUGGUGAAGCUGAUCCGCUGGGCACCCAAGAAGGAGAUGUUUACAGACAACAGAAUCUAAUGAACCAUGUAAUGAAGACAUUAAAAAUUUAUGCGAGUUCACUAGAAGCACAGGUGGAGGAACGUAUGGAUGAGCUAAAAGAGGAGAAAAAGAAAAGCGAUGCUCUUUCACAAGUAGCCGAACGUUUAAAACUGGGUCAGAAAGUUGAACCAGAGAGCCGCGAAAUUGUUACGGUGUUCUUUUCGGAUGUUGUUGGCUUCACCACCAUAGCCAGUAAGGAUUCACCAAUGCAGAGCUCACACAUCUAUAUUUACAAAAAUUUUCGUGUUCCCUAUCUUCCAUCUGAAAAGGUCAAUAUUCGUGUUGGGUUACACAGUGGACCUGUGGUUGCUGGUGUUGUUGGUAUAGCGAUGCCGCGAUACGGCCUGUUCGGUGAUACGGUGAACACUGCAAGUCAUGUUGUUGAAUGGCUGCUUGCCCUCCAGCCGUCAUCGAUGAACAGCGCCAGUCACGCCGGCCGUACGUGCCUUCAUCUGGCAGCUGCUCAAGGCAAUCUGGAGAUGGUCGUCCUUCUGUGCACGAAAGGCUGCUUUGUAAAUUCCCCCAUGCUUUACAAGGAUAAUCUCUAUACUCCACUGGACGUUGCCCAGCGGAAAAAUCACGAGGUUGUGGUGGACUACUUGUCAAAGAAGUAUGAGGCAAAAAGCGCUGCCGAGAUACCUGAGGAGGAACGACAAAAGAAUCGUUUAACUUUUGAAGAGCAACUGGUUCAAGACAAGGCACUAAUGCCACCACGAAGUGGAGGUAAAGACAAAGCGUCAGUGGAAUCUUCAGCUGAAGUCCAAGCUGGUGGGACAAAAGCUCCUCAGCUGGAUUCUUCCCCUGGUAUUGACGAGGAAUUCGAGGUGACGAACUGUUCUUACAAUGCACGUGCCUUAGCAUUCGAUUGCUCGAUAGAAGGUUUGCUCAUGCAAGCAAGAAGAAAAAGAUAUGACGCUAUCAGCCUGGCUGAGACGAGAAGACGCCACCCACUCAACGCGUUCAUGCCACAGGAAAGGAACUGUUCCUUGGAACUUGCGACAGUAGAGGAGUCGGCGGCGUCGACGUUAUCGUCAACACGAGUUUGUCGAUGA